AUGCACUGGCAUGAGCUAGAGUAUGGACUAGAACAUGGGCUAGAGUAUGGACUAGAGCAUGGGCUAGAGUAUGGACUAGAGCAUGGGCUAGAGAAUGGACUAAAACAUGGGCUAGAGUAUGGACUAGAGCAUGGGCUAGAGUAUGGACUAGAGCAUGGGCUAGAGUAUGGACUAGAGCAUGGGCUAGAGUAUGGACUAGAGCAUGGGCUAGAGAAUGGACUAGAGCAUGGGCUAGAGUAUGGACUAGAGCAUGGGCUAGAGUAUGGACUAGAGCAUGGGCUAGAGUAUGGACUAGAGCAUGGGCUAGAGAAUGGACUAGAGCAUGGGCUAGAGUAUGGACUAGAGCAUGGGCUAGAGUAUGGACUAGAGCAUGGGCUAGAGUAUGGACUAGAGCAUGGGCUAGAGUAUGGACUAGAACAUGGGCUAGAGUAUGGACUAGAGCAUGGGCUAGAGUAUGGACUAGAGCAUGGGCUAGAGAAUGGACUAGAACACGGGCUAGAGUAUGGACUAGAACAUGGGUUAGGGUAUGGACUAGAACAUGGGCUAGGGCAUGUGCUAUGGCAUGGUCUGGGGCUAGGGCUAGACAUGAGUAACGGGUCUGCCUGGAAAAUGUAUGCCGGUUUGGCCUGA